AUGGUUGUUAAUGCGCCAGAAUCUCCUACUACCGCUGAAGUUAUAUUUGUUAUUGAAGCUACUUCAGCAAAUAGUGCUUAUAUUAGUGAAUUAAAAACGAACUAUAUCAUUCCUACUUUAGAGUAUUUCCACGGUGGAGCAAUUGAAGAUGGUGUCGGCAGUGGUUCUAUGUAUGGAGUUGUUGCUUAUCAAUCUGCUGAUUGCUAUCCAUCCUUGCCUGUUUCAACAUAUGGCCCCUUCACAUGUCCUAAAGCUGUAGUUGACACUGUUGAUAAAAUUCAAUACAUAGGCGGUCACGCUGAGAGCAGAGCAUGUGUAACAGAAGCUCUAGCAACAGCCUUAUCAUGCUUAGAAGAACUGGGACGUACAGAUAUACCUCGGCACGUUAUCCUUCUGUGCUGUUCGCCCCCAUACUCCACAUAUGCUGGAGGUUUAGUCCCACCAGGUGCACCAGCUACAGUAGAACAAGCAGCAAGGUUAAUAGGUGAGCGUGGUGCGCAACUGUCAAUUGCUGCAGCUAGGCGAAUAUCAUCGCUACUCCCACUGUAUGAACACGCCGGUGGAGAACUUCAUGCAGCACAGCAGAGAAACUAUGCCAAGGACCCACGUCACUUGGUAUUACUCCGUGGUUACAGUUUGAAAGAGCGUCCCCCAAGCCCCGCACCUCCGCCCGUACCCGACAUACAGACAGAUGUUUACAGUCAAGGUCGGGGUACAGUACCUGGGCCCAGAGUACCAACAGCUCAGUUCCCACGCACUGCAGUACCCACGGUGCGGCCCAAUUGGCUAAAUCCACCACGACAGACCCUGUACACAAAUAACUCUGCACUGUUGACGCAGUUGGCUCAACCAUCUUAUCCACCACCGCCAUCUCAGCGUAUGAUUCAACCGGGCCCAUCGAAUCCUGGAGUGAGCGGUGUGCCGACGUCAGCGAGCGUUGGCAAUGUUCCCGGCGUGUCUGGCGUUGCUGGUGUCAGCGGGGUUGGCAACGUGGGCAAUGUGGGCAAUGUUGGUCAAAUGCAACGCACAUUUAUUUGGAGUGGGGUCCUCGAGUGGAUGGAGAAGGCCAAAGCUCCUGGUGAUCAACAGAAGGUCACGAAGCAUUUGCCAUGUCAGGUGUCAGCAAACUCGAAAGACAUAGAACCAGAGCUGAAAGUGGACACUUGGCCCAACAAACUGCUGAUGCAGCUAAUGCCAAAACAGCUCAUCAGCAACAUUGGUGGGCAGUACUUGAAAGACAGUAAGUCGGUGCUGUUCCACUUGCAACAGAAUGAGGCUCUGGAGGCGUUAACCAAGGUCAUGGUUAACGGAUUUGCUGGCUGUGUGCAUUUCUCGCCGAUGCCGUCCCCCCCACAAUGUGACAUCAAGGUGUUAAUAUUGCUUUACACGCCCGACAAGAAAGCGUAUCUGGGCUUCAUUCCUAACAAUCAAGCGACGUUCGUGGAUAGGCUUAAGAAGGUGAUACAACAACAAAAGAUGAGCAAGCAGUUACCAGCGCCGAGUAGUGGCGCCCCGGGUUUGCCGCCAAACAUGCCGCCCUCAACUAUGCCGAGUGGUGGCAUGGGCAGCUCUGGUAUGUCAGGAGGAAUGGGUAUGAAUCCAGGAAUGGCCCCGCAGCAUCCACAGCACGCGCAGCAAAGUAUGAUGAUCGGCGGUGGCAUGGGCGGGCAAGUGUCUCAAGUUGGCCAAGUCGGUCAAGUUGGUCAAGUCGGGGGCAAGGGGCCGAGGCCAGUUAGCCAAUUGGACGGGUUAGAAGCAGCGAGACAACAGAACUUGGAAAAGAUACAACAUUUACAACAGACUCUGGAAGCGGCGCAUCAACAGGAGGCGCAGUUCAAGUCGCAGAUGGACAUCAUGUCGCACCUCCACGCUGCUCAGCAGCAGGAACAGCAUUACAAGCAGCUAGAGGAACAACAGCGAAAGCACCAAUUGCAACAACUGCAACAGCUUCGCGGCGCAGCUGGACAUCCACCACGCAUCAUGCCACGCGGCAUCAUGCCCACCAAUCCAGGGUUACGCCAUCUUCUACAACAGCAACCCCAGUACCGGCCGCAGGGAGGCUCUGUACGACCGUCGACGCAAACGCAACAAUUCGAUGACGUUAAUAGUUACAGCGAUUUCAUUUAG